AUGCGAGUGCAGUGUCCGAAGACGUGCGGAUUCUGUGGUAGCGUCACGUCGUCCACCUCAACCUGCGUCGACCAGAUCAACCCGGCCACCGGAACUUCGGAUUGUUCGGCUAGGCGUUCCCUCUGCACCGACGCCGCGUACGCGACGCUGAUGAAGCAGCAGUGCUGCGCCACCUGCAGCAGCGAGUCGUGCUGCGCGCCGGGAGGUAUCGCAGAGCUCGUCACGACAACGACGACCACCACGACGAGGGCGACGACGAAGCGGAUCAUCGAAGACACCUGCGUCGAUGUGCUAAACCCAAGGACCGGGGUGUCCGACUGCCCGUCGAGGUCUUACUUGUGCACCGACGCCACCUACCUUCCUUUAAUGCGUGUGCAGUGCCCGAGGACGUGUGGAUUCUGCAACACUGGAAAUGCGUUAACCUCGGGCUGCGUUGAUCUGCUGAACCCGAGGACCGGAAUCUCGGACUGCCCGGCUAGACGGUCCUACUGCAAUAACCCCAACUACAAGACGCUGAUGAAGCAGCAGUGCUGUGCCACUUGCAGCAGCAUCGGAAAA